GGUUAGUGGUGCGUUGUGCUUGCGAAAAAUCCUUGCACCGCCAGCCAGCCAAGCAGCAGCGGCCAGGCCAGGCCCCAGGCAGGCGAGCCGAAGUCGAAAGCGUUCUGCGGCGUGAAGCAGUGUGCAGCUGCAGCAUACGCAGCCCUUUCUGCUUGCUUUGCAUGCACCGGCGGCUGAAAGUGCAACAGCAGCAGCGGCUAUGUUUGAUUUGUGAAGCUUCUUACUUCUUUCACACCCGUCCGUCGUCGGCCCGCCCGUUUGGGCCAAGGUGGCGGGUUGUUUCAAAAAACGGGUGCUAAAUCACAAGUGCGUGCGGAUGGUGUGAAUGUCGUUGAAUCUAUCCAGUGAAGCAGAGAUAAAGUUAGUAGAAGUGCGCCGUAGAAGCAGAGAGUCCAAAUCGUUUAAGUACAGGAAAGUGCAAGAAGAGUGAUAAAAAAAAGUGCAUCAUAACUUGCGUCUGUUGUGUUGCUAGUGUGCGUGUGUGUGCGUGCGUGUCGUGUGUACGGUGCAGUAAGUGUGGUUGUUUCCCCGAAGUAAGGCAACGGGGUGACGGUAGAGGUAAACGCCUCUUCCAUCCAUCAUCAUCGCCGUCUCGCAUCGUCAUCUAAUCCCGCAUCUGGGCAACGGAAGUGUGGCAGAGGCAAGACGUAGAACGCAAGGGUGGCGAUAAUUUUAUAAACAAUAACACCGAGUUUAAGUUCGGAGCAUUUUAAAAAAGAACCUGCUACCGUUGUCGUUCGACGGUUUGGGUGCCACUGAAAAAGCGACAAAUCCACAAAUGAGAACACUCAAAGUGUUACCAGCCAUCUCGGAAAUCAACGUUUUUAUCAGCAGCAUACCAACAGCAUCGGCUGUACUCGGGCACAACAGCAAAACAAGAGGCAGCUUGCGGCAGGAGACACAUCGUUUCGUUGAUCCGAUUGAUGUGAUCUUGUUUUAAUUAAUAAUUUUUAUCAGAUGACCCUACCAACCCAACGACGGCCAGCGAAGUACGGACGAGGGUGUUAAUUGCAUCUAGCACUGGCAAAAAUCUUCCUUUUCUGCUUAAGCGGGGUUUAAACAAAAGUUCCCCCUCUCAACCGGUUUGCCGGUCAAACAUCAUCAACGAGUCGUUGAACGUACACCUAGCAGUUGGUGGCGGUCGAUCCUGCCCUGAGGAUCACCCCACGUGUCCGCUCGAUCACAGUUCGAGCCCCUUCCCUUUCAGAGGAACCGGCGGCGCCGGGCCUCUCCUCUUUCCGGGUAGCUACCCGUGAUCCUUUUCCGUUUGGCGCGGCAGUUCCGGCACCGGCAGGUGUUGGAACUUAAACGGCGCCAUCAUUCCUUCCACAAUAGGGUCGUCACACCUCACCAACCUGUCUGGCCCUGCUGCUACCCAUAGCAGCAGGGGCAGCACAGGCCAUCUCCCACCUCCACCGGGAUCACACCUUCAGCAACUCCACGGGUCUGGAGUUCUUACGGAUCAUACAAAAUUACAGUAUUUGGGCAAUAUGCAGGUCCACCCCGCGCACAGUGGUAGUGGAGGCCACCAUCCACCCCCUCCACCUACGCAGGGCCCGCCGCAGUCCGCUCAUCCUCCGCCUCCACAGCCGAUCCCGAUCGUGAAGCCGGAGUUUAAGGUGCCGCCGUUGCCGGGCCACAUAAUGGACGUCCGCGGCCCCGAUGGCUCGAUCGUUAAGAUCAACAUGCCGGAGCACCACGAUCCAAGCAAGCCACCGAACAACGUCGAGAUGCUGAAGGUGAACAUCGAAGAUCUCAGCCAGUUUUUGUCGUACCAUGAAGUUUUCGGAAAGCUCCCUUCCGACAUGCUAACGGGCCCAUCCGCUAGCCUAGUGCCAUCGUCGUCCACCAACACCGCUACGACCAGUGCGCAUAGCAAUGGUAAAUUAAAUCACAUCCGUCACCCAACGGGCGAAUCUCCGUUCAAGUGUAGCUACUGUGCGAAAAGCUUCACCCGGAAGGAACACCUGACCAAUCACGUUCGCCAGCAUACCGGUGAAUCGCCUUACCGAUGUCCGUACUGUGGCAAGACGUUCACCCGGAAGGAACAUCUAACCAACCACGUCAGAUUGCACACAGGCGAAACACCCUACCAGUGCACAUACUGCGGGAAGAAGUUCACGAGAAAAGAACACCUUACCAAUCAUGUCAGGUUGCACACCGGCGAAACACCUUUUCAGUGUUCUUACUGUCAGAAGAAGUUCACUCGCAAAGAGCAUUUAACGAAUCACGUCAGGUUGCACACCGGCGAGACACCUUUUCAGUGUUCGUACUGUCAGAAGAAGUUUACACGCAAAGAACAUUUAACGUACCACGUCAGGUUGCAUACCGGAGAAACACCUUUUCAGUGUUCUUACUGUCAGAAGAAGUUUACUCGUAAAGAACAUUUAACGAACCACGUCAGGUUGCACACCGGCGAAACUCCUUAUCAGUGUACCUACUGCGACAAGAAGUUUACUCGCAAAGAGCAUUUAACAAAUCAUGUCAGAAUACACACUGGAGAGACUCCCUAUCGGUGCACAUAUUGUGAGAAGAAAUUUACGAGAAAAGAACGUUUAACGUAUCACAUAAGAUGGCACACGGGAGAGACUCCUUACCAUUGCACGUAUUGCGAGAAAAAGUUCGCGCGCAAAGAACACCUAACCAAUCACGUCAGAUUGCACACAGGAGAGACCCCUUAUCAAUGCACAUAUUGCGAAAAGAAAUUCAGUAGAAGAGAGCGUUUAACGAUUCACACAAGAAUCCAUACCGGAGAGACUCCGUACGCAUGCACGUAUUGUGAUAAAAAAUUUAGCCGAAAAGAACGUUUAACGUAUCACAUAAGAUUACACACCGGAGAAACUCCCUAUCAGUGCACGUACUGCGAGAAAAAGUUCACUCGCAAAGAGCACCUUACAAAUCACGUCAGAUUGCACACCGGAGAAACUCCAUAUCCGUGCACAUACUGUGAGAAAAAAUUCACUCGAAAAGAGCACCUCACAAAUCACGUCAGAUUGCACACCGGCGAGACUCCGUAUCAGUGCACAUACUGUGACAAGAAAUUCACCCGUAAAGAACAUUUGACUAAUCAUACAAGAUUGCAUACCGGAGAAACUCCUUACCAAUGUACGUACUGCCAGAAGAAAUUCACGAGAAAAGAGCAUUUAACGAAUCACACCAGAUUGCAUACGGGCGAAACUCCUUACCAGUGUUCUUAUUGUCAGAAGAAGUUCACCCGCAAAGAACACCUUACGAAUCACGUCAGACUACACACCGGCGAGACUCCGUACACGUGUACCUAUUGUCAGAAGAAGUUUACGCGCAAAGAACAUUUGACGAAUCACGUCAGAUUGCACACUGGCGAAACUCCCUUCCAGUGCACGUAUUGCCAGAAGAAGUUUACGAGAAAAGAGCAUUUGACGAAUCAUACCAGAUUACACACCGGGGAGACUCCGUAUCACUGCACCUAUUGCGAGAAGAAGUUCAUGCGAAAAGAGCAUUUAACGAAUCACAUCAGAUUGCACACCGGAGAAACUCCCUAUCAGUGCACGUAUUGCGGGAAGAAAUUCACCCGAAAAGAGCAUUUAACAAAUCAUGUCAGAUUACACACUGGCGAUUCACCACACAAGUGCGAGUACUGCAACAAGACGUUCACGAGGAAGGAGCACCUGAACAAUCACAUGCGCCAGCACAGUGGCGACAAUCCGCACUGCUGCAACGUGUGCAAUAAGACGUUCACCCGUAAGGAGCACCUGAUCAACCACAUGAGCCGAUCGCACACCGGCGAGCGACCGUUCCAGUGCGAUGAGUGCGGUAAAUCGUUCCCGCUGAAGGGCAAUCUGCUGUUCCACCAGCGCAGCCACACCAAGGGCCAGCCGAUGGAUCGGCCGUUCCGGUGCGACAUGUGCCCGAAGGAUUUCAUCUGCAAGGGCCACCUGGUGUCGCACCAGCGGUCGCACACGGGCGAGAAGAACCACCACUGCCCGCAGUGCAGUAAAUCGUACGUCGAGCGGGGCAACAUGCUACGGCACAUGAAGAAGACACAUCCGGACGCGGUCAUUCCGGUGCUGCCCAAGCUGCCCCAUAUUAAGGUCGAACCGAAGUCUACCGCAUCCAGCUCACCAGCUGCACCACCACACCUUGGGGGGCCCCCCGCCCCCGAUGCAUCUGCCGCCGCCAAACCCGCAGCAAUUGGCAGCGCUCGCCCUCCAUCAUCAGGUCCAGCAGCAGCAGCAGCAGCAACAACAGCAGCAGCAACAGCCGCCGCAAUCUUCGCCUUCAACGGGACGAACCCAGCCAUCCCCUCGUACAUCACAUCCGCCGCCGCCGCAUCCUCAGCAGCAGCCACAGCAGCAGCCGCAGCCGGAAAACCUCCAGCAACCGGGACCGGGCCCAGCUGGACCCCUUCCACCUCAGCACCAUACGGUCCCGGUUACUAUUAUAACCCAUGCUGGAAGCAUUAAUCCGAACAUGCCCCCGAACGUGGUCGACGGUAGCGGUGGUGCGGUUGGGCUCCAGCAGAACCAGCAGCGGGUUGGUGCUAUCCAGAUGCACCAUCUGACGGCGGCCCAGGCACCGGAGGAACACUCGGUGGUUUAUUGAAAUAACGGCAGUGGUGGCGGUAGUAGAGCAGGAGGAGGUAACAGCAGACAGAGCGGUCAGCAGCAUCCCAGCGGUAGCGGGCACGGGCACAAGCAGCAACCACCGCAGGCCAGUAGUAACAGCAGUGCGUCACGCGUUGGUGUCGGAAAUAUUGAGCUGAUCGUUCCAACCGUCCCCACGCGCGCCGGCGGGACUGGUGGAGCAGGCAGUAUCGGUAGUCAGACGCCACUGCUGGGAGGGAUCAAUGUCAACACAUCCGCCACCACCACUACCACCACCAGUGCCGAUCAGUACCUUCACCCAGCGUCCCUAAUGCCAAUGCUGCAGCAACAACAGCACCAACAGCAAGGUGCAACUCUUCUUCAACCACAACCGCCACCGAACCAGCAGCUGUACAAAUCGGAACACAACAAAACACUAACCCAGCUAUAAGAAGGUGGUCAUUAUUAGGCCGAGGAGUCGGGCAAGAAGGAGCUGGUGCAGAAAAAAGAUCGACGUAAUCGAGCAGCUUAUUUUUAUUUACUUCUAUUAUUUGAAAUUAUCGAAGAUCUAGUUAAAACUGAAAGGAAGAAGAAAAUCACCGCCAGCGGUCCCUUAAACACAGAACACAUAAGAGGGUUGAUCGCCCUUGGGUUUACUACAAGAUGGAAGUAGUAUCGAGGUGCAAUGAGAAUAAAUAUGUAUAGCAAUUACGAUAUGUUCUCUGUUCUCCAUGCAAAUACAAAACGGAUGCGAAACGUGGAUAUGAACUGAGAAUGGCGUGCGUGCAGUCCAGUGAAAACAUCCGCGCAACACAAAAUCCGUACCCGUCUCGGAGGAUUGCAUACGAGUGCAGUGUGCGAAAUGUAUAUAGUUUUCCCGCGCGCCCUGCAACAACGUAUCGCACACGUGUUAAAGUUGAUAGAAAGUCAACAAACACACAUCCGUUUUAACGGUAGAACGUGUGUGAGGCUUUGAAGGUCUCAUCCGUUACAAAAUACAGCGUUAACGAACACAGGAGAGAACAGAAAUGCAAUUAUUAGUAGUUUUAACACUCUCCAUUCGUCGAUAAGAUGACGUUACUAGAUUGACUGGGGAUGCUGACCUAGGCAUGGAAAGCGAUAGGCCGCACCGUCAACUGCAACCUAAACACAAGUUUUAAACCAGUUAAAAA